GCCAAUGAGCAGCGCGCUCCGCCAGCAGGAGGACACAUAAAAGAAGAACAUUGCAGCAGAGGCACAGAAGGAGCCUGAGAGAGGAGCCGGGAAUUACACACACACGAGCGCGCACACAAAACACAGCCGAGUCAGAACACCCUCCCCUGGACACACCCUGCUGAGGAUCACUGCUUCUCCCCUCUUUUUUUUUUUUUUUUUUUUAACUUAACCAUCGCCCACGCUGCUUGGAGACAACGCUCUCCUUCAUCAUCAUCCCCUCCGCCGCCGCCGCCGCCCGCCAUCCAGCAGAAAAGCCCUGUCUCCUCAUUUUCAUCCUUUAGAGGACUCCUACAAUCUCCGCGGGCUGAGAUCCCUUGGUGAAGAGCAGAUUUUUUUUUCAUUUUUUUUUUCCUUUUUUUGAUUUUUUUGGGGGGACUUCUGACUGGCCAUACAUCGCUGCUCAAGAUUCAAGAGGAGGAAGGACCUAGAUCUCUGUCAUUGCACGUCAAGAAUGGUUACUCAGAUAAUCAGCACCAUGGAAACCCAGGUGUCCAACGGUCCCAGCGGAACAAGCCUGCCCAACGGUCCAGUCAUUAGCACCAACGGCGCCACAGACGACAGCAAAACCAACCUGAUAGUCAACUACCUGCCUCAGAACAUGACCCAGGAGGAGUUCAAAAGCUUGUUCGGAAGCAUCGGCGAGAUAGAGUCCUGCAAGCUUGUCAGGGACAAGAUCACAGGUCAGAGUUUGGGAUACGGCUUUGUAAACUAUGUGGAUCCAAAUGAUGCGGACAAGGCCAUCAACACCCUCAACGGUCUGAAGCUGCAGACGAAAACAAUCAAGGUAUCAUAUGCUCGGCCAAGCUCCGCCUCCAUUCGAGAUGCCAACCUUUACGUGAGUGGACUACCCAAGACCAUGAGCCAGAAGGACAUGGAACAGCUCUUCUCUCAGUACGGUCGCAUCAUCACAUCCCGCAUCCUGGUGGAUCAAGUGACAGCAGGCAUAUCACGAGGAGUGGGAUUCAUCCGGUUUGACAAGCGAAACGAGGCAGAGGAAGCCAUCAAAGGUCUGAACGGACAGAAGCCUCUGGGUGCCGCGGAGCCCAUUACGGUCAAGUUCGCCAACAACCCCAGCCAAAAGACAGGCCAGGCUUUGCUGACUCAGCUGUACCAGACCGCUGCCCGCCGCUACACAGGCCCCCUCCACCACCAGACGCAGCGCUUCAGCGUGAUCCCUUCACUCGGAAAGGGACCAGAUCCAAAUAACAGCUCAAAACCAAUACUCGACAAUUUACUAAACGCCAGCUACGGAGUCAAGAGCUCUCCCUCUCUCUUCCCCAGGUUCUCUCCCAUCACCAUCGACAGCAUGACCAGCCUCGCCGGCGUCAACCUCACUGGCCCCACCGGAGCCGGCUGGUGCAUCUUUGUGUACAACUUGUCCCCCGAGGCGGAUGAGAGCGUCCUGUGGCAGCUGUUUGGGCCGUUUGGCGCCGUCACCAACGUCAAGGUGAUCCGUGACUUCACCACCAACAAAUGCAAGGGCUUUGGCUUCGUGACCAUGACCAACUACGACGAGGCGGCCAUGGCCAUCGCCAGCCUAAACGGCUACCGCCUGGGUGACCGCGUGCUGCAGGUUUCCUUCAAGACCAGCAAGCAGCACAAAGCCUGAGAGAGCGACAGACGGCUGCUUGUUCGACCUGCGUGAGAGCAACCUGAGCUCCCUGCGCCAUCACUCUAUGGGCCUGGACUUUCUCUCUGAUGCAUUCUCACACACACACACACACAUCCAUACACACAAGUCAAAUGUCCGAACACACACACACACACACCGCACACUAGCAAAGUUUUUCUUUUCUCUCUACACGACAUGCUAAGUCCUUCCCUUAUAUUUGCCUGGAUUGAAUUAGAAGAGGGACGUCGCUGUUUUGGGGGCGGGGCCAGAGCUAUCUAUCUCGGAGACAGUCUAACGAAUGUGAUAAAGAAUGUGUUGUGAUUGAAUUCAGGCAAAUAGGUAAACAAAAAGGCAAAGAUAAAAAAUAUGUGCAAUUUACCCAAAACUCUUAAACCCACCACCUCUCCCGUGACCUCGCUGGGGAGGACGUAGUCACUUUUUUUACACUUGGGCAUUUUGAAUCAGCGAUUUUUUUAGAUCAAAGAAAAUUAAAAAACAGUGUUCUCUUAUAUACAUCUAUUAAAAUAUAACUAUAUAUUCAAUAUAUGAGGUGGUUAUAAUAGCCGAAUAUGUAAGCAUUUUCUAGAAACUUUGACUACUGUUUCCUGACCUGCAUUAGGUGGUGCCUAGUGUGUAAUGACAGUUUCUCUACCCUGUGUGAGCAUGCUAGCUCAGACCCAUUCUUAUUUAGCUGAUCUCAUCAAUACCGGAGAAGAGUUAUCUGCGAAGGCCACACGAAGCACUCUCCCUUCCCCCGACACCUAACUGCAAAACCGUCAUAUCACGACCAGCUAACUCUUUCGCUAACAAGUGCGCGGAAACACUUGUGCAACAGUCCAGUCGCGCCAAAAAGGGAAAUAGCAGUGUCCCUCCUUUGAUGUGUUAUGUAUCGAUUUUUGCAUUGGAAUCCGACGACUGUUGAGCUUUUUUUCGGUCAUUAUUUAUCGCAAACAUGACAAGAAAAAUUAUUCAAACGGCAAGAAAGACGAGGAGCUACGUAGUGUCCUUUGAUCUGCGCUUCUAAAUUGGAUUCCACGUAUCAAAAUAUAUGCAAAUAUUAAGUGUAUUUAUCGCCCCUUUUCGGGUUUGUGGAGCGAGACUGAUGCCACACCAUAGGGAGAGCUAAUGUCUGUCACCAUCCGCACCUUAUCAUGGACAACCAGUCAACUUUAUCAACAUGUAUUUGCCUUUUCUAAACGACGCUGUGUUCACCAAAGAGGUCCGGCCUCUUUGAAAGGAUUACAUUAGAAAUACGUCUAUUUUUAUACAUACAACGGAGCAAGAACCUUGUGCUGAAUUUUUACCGGUUCCUUGGAAACGAUUAGGACAUGGCAUGGCUUCACUUGGAAAACCUCUUGGAUCUUCGCAGAGCAAGAGGCGGGGCAGGCAUGCGAGUGUGGGGGCGGGGCUUUGGAGAGGGGACCCAGGAGGCUAUUUGAGCUGAAGAUUUGGACUGAAAAUGAUUCAAGGCUUGAAAUUGAAGUCGCUUAAAUCCGAUUCUACCAAUAAGCCUGGUGAUGUGAACGGACGGAGUGCUCGCACACACUCCCCUCAAACAGGCGACAAAAAAAAUAAAAUAAAAUUGAGCAUGAUUCUAGUUAAAUUUCCUUUGCCAAAGAAUCGCUUUGCAAGUGGUGACAGAUACAUAUUGUAAAUCCGUUAUUUAUCGAAUAUGGACCCUCGGACAGUUUCAUUUUGUUUGACUAUAAGUUUCGCAUAUACAUCCGCAUUUGUUUACUAUUUACACCAAAUGCUGACGCAAAUCUAGCUGCACGUAUCUCAUGUAGAAAUGUACUAAAACGAGCAUAUCGGAGAAAAUAUUUAUCUUCCCAGCCACUUAUAUCACCCCGUCAGUUUCACGGCCAAUAAAAAGGAGCAUCGCGCUAAACAACAUCGUACUGUUUCAUCCGCUAACUGGUGGCUUCACAGCGAGAACUCAUCUUUAGGUCGGUCACACCCUACACAUACAAGACUCAGUAGAGAACCAAGGACCAUGGCAGGAAACAGUACCACUACACUGCUUGAGCAACAAUAAUCAUUUUAAAAAUACAAAAAAGAAAAAAAAAAACUUUCCUAUGGAACAGUGAGUGCAAUGUGCUUUGUUUUUAUAUUGACUGAGAACAAAUGAUAUAUAUUUUUAAAAAAAGUAAUUAAACGUCACACUGAAAAGGUUAGCGCACCAGUGAAAGGAACACAAGCUCAUUGAGAAGAGGCGAAGCGAGGAGAGCAUUGAUCGAUCAAUAUCCAGAAUUACUUCCUUACCCCCUUGAGAAACAAACAGUGCUCCAGCCAGCAUGAACAAACUACAUAUCUGGCCGAACAGAGGAAUUCUUUGAAAGGAAUACUGUCGAGGAUAUCAUCAGUUUCAGCCCAUGUCAAGUUCAGAUAUCAUUUUUUCUUUUUCUGUAAUCGAUUGCUUUCAUUGACACAUCAGGACUCACAUGUUAAAUUAGCGUAUUUGUGUUGUUGAUGUUGCCAUAGAAAACACACAUGGGUCAAGAUUAUGUUCGGUUGCAUCGAUUGGGUACAAAGUUUGUUCUUUCUUUUCUUUCAUUAUGGAAUUAGUUGCAGUUUUUUAACAGUGUAUGCAGAUUUUAGACUUAGUUAGAUCCUUUGAUUUCAAUCAAACUGUGUUCGAUUGUGUUUGUAAAAGUCUGUGGUAGCUUUUGUUGCAACAUAAAAAUAAUUUAAAGAGAAAAAAUUUCAAAAUAGCGCCGACAAACUUGUAUUAUUUGGGCGACUUUAAGCUUGUAGUUUUAACUUAUUGUUAACUUAAAAACUAUUUAUUAUUAUUAUGAUUAUUAUUAUUGCCUCGUAUAAAGUAUGUUUUGUGUAUAUUUAUGGUUUAUUUCCUUAUAUUUGCAAGUUUAAAAGAUCUUUAAGUUUUGCCAAAAUUGUGGUUACACCGGUUCUUUUCUUAAAAAGGGGGACAAAUAGAAAAACAGCUUUAGAAGUACGAUUUGGAAAUGUUCUCCAUAGUCAAAGAAUGCACUGCUAUAUUUAACUAAUUGAAGUGUAUAAACAUACAUGCUGUGUGCUAGAUGUUAUGCCUUUACUGCCUGUGUUCUGUUUGUCUUGUUAUAUGAAUAUCUUUUAAUUAUUUAAUAUAAUCACAGUCUUGUUUUCGCAACCACUCGGCGAAGCCCCAGAUGCAGGACACCCCCCACCCCCGACUGGAUUAAGGACCGAUUCAGGAUCCUGACUUUAGGUGGCAAGAUGCUGUUCCUGUUUUAGUUGAAUCACACACGCCGCUGUUCUCUUGUUAAGAACACGGCACUGAUGUCAUAUGAAAUUUGUGCAAUUGGGACACAAGGAAAAAAAAAAAAUGGAGUCAGC